UGUGAUCAGUCGUAUCAGAGGCGCUGCCAGUGAGUAGUCCUCUACGAUAAAAUUGGAUUUCGGAAUUUUUGCGAUUGAAUUUUUCGUUUUUUAUUCAGUUCUAACAAAGUGAAGUUUACAACAUGGCGAAAUUGUUGAGCAGAGAACUGCCUGAUAUUGAGAACCUGCUGCGCUUAAACCCGACGGUGAAACCGUACACCAACCUCGUGCCUUCCGCGCAGACCAAGAAGAACAAACAGCACUGGAAGAGAAAUGCCGACCGGAAAUGCACCACCUGCCCGACGCUGGAGAAGAACUUCGACGACAUCAAGCACACGACGCUGUCGGAACGCGGAGCCCUAAAGGAAGCCGCCCGCUGUCUUAAGUGCGCCGACGCGCCUUGUCAGAAGAGCUGCCCUACCCAGAUAGACGUCAAGAGCUUCAUUUCCAGCAUUGCUACUAAGAACUACUAUGGCGCCGCCAAAGCCAUCCUGUCGGACAACCCACUCGGUCUUACGUGCGGGAUGGUGUGUCCCACCAGUGACCUGUGUGUGGGCGGCUGCAACCUGCACGCCAGCGAAGAAGGCGCCAUCAAUAUCGGAGGACUGCAGCACUUCGCUGUUGAUAUCUUCAUGAAUAUGGGUAUCCCGCAAACUCUGGACCCGAACGCUAAACCAUUGCCCUGCGGCAGUGACCAGAAGAUCGCGCUUGUGGGUGGUGGUCCGGCCAGCAUCAGUUGUGCCUGCUUCUUGGCCAGACUGGGGUAUAAGAACCUCACUGUGUAUGAGAAGGAGGCUUACCUGGGUGGACUGAGUUCUGCAGAGAUCCCGCAAUACCGUCUCGGCUAUGACGUUGUUCAGUUCGAAGUGGACCUGGUGAAGAAUCUCGGAGUGAAGUUCGAGACCGGCAGAAAGCUAUCUACCAAGGACAUCACUGUUGAAGGCCUGAUCAAAGACGGUCACAAGGCCGUGUUCCUGGGUAUAGGACUGCCAGAGCCGACCACCGUGCCCAUCUUCAAAGGCCUGACUCCCGAUAUGGGCUUUUAUACAAGCAAGAGCUUUUUGCCCCUCGUGUCUAAAGGAAGCAAGAAAGGCAUGUGUGCCUGCAAGUCCGCUUUGCCCGAGCUGCAUGGCAAUGUGAUAGUGCUCGGAGCUGGCGACACAGCUUUCGAUUGUGCUACUUCGGCGCUCCGUUGCGGCGCGCGUCGGGUCUAUGUUGUGUUCAGAAAAGGGUUCGGGAACAUUCGUGCCGUUCCUGAAGAGGUUGACUUGGCUAAAGAAGAGAAAUGCGAAUUCGUCCCAUUUAUGUCACCUCAAGAAGUCAUCGUGAAGGAAGGCAAGGUUGCUGGUCUAAAAUUCUGCCGCACCGAGCAGCUAGACAAUGGCGAUUGGAUCGAGGAUCACGAGCAAGUGCUGCAGCUGAAGGCUAACUUCAUCAUUUCUGCGUUCGGCUCCGGAUUGUAUGAUAACGAUGUGAAAGAAGCCAUGUCCGGCGUGAAGCUAAACCGCUGGGGUCUCCCAGAAGUGAACAGCUCGACUAUGCAGAGCCUCAGCAACCCGCAUGUGUUCGUGGGCGGAGACUUGGCUGGCGUGGCCGAGACUACUGUCGAGUCGGUCAACGACGGCAAGACAGCGGCUUGGUACAUACACUGCUAUCUUCAGGGCAUCCCAUUCGACUCUCCAGUAGAACUGCCCAAGUUUCACUGCCCCAUUGACGAUGUGGACCUCUCCGUGGAGGUGUGCGGCAUCAAGUUCCCCAACCCCUUCGGGUUGGCCAGCGCACCCCCCACCACCAGCUCGGCCAUGAUCCGCCGCGCCUUCCAGCAGGGCUGGGGCUUCGCUGUUACCAAGACCUUUGGGUUGGAUAAGGAUCUAGUCACCAACGUGUCACCCAGGAUCGUGCGCGGAGUAACAUCAGGCGAGAACUACGGCCCAGGACAAGGCUGUUUCCUCAACAUCGAGCUGAUCUCCGAGAAAUGCGAGGCCUACUGGUGCCAAAGCAUUCGCGAGCUGAAGAGAGAUUUCCCCGAUAAAGUGAUCAUAGCAUCGAUAAUGUGUUCGUACAACGAAGCAGACUGGACGGAGCUGGCUCAGAAGGCCGAGGCAGCUGGCUCUGAUGCGCUGGAACUUAACCUCUCAUGCCCGCACGGUAUGGGCGAAUCUGGCAUGGGACUUGCUUGUGGACAGGACCCGGUGCUAGUCAAAGGCAUAUCUCAAUGGGUGAAGAAAGCUGUCAAGAUUCCCGUGUUUAUUAAAUUGACUCCAAAUAUAACGGACAUCGUCAGCAUAGCCAUGGCGGCACAUGAAGGUGGGGCUGACGGCGUGUCUGCAAUCAACACCGUGUCUGGUCUCAUGUCUGUGAAGGCUGAUGCCACUCCUUGGCCAGCAGUCGGUCGCGAGAAGCACACAACAUACGGCGGCGUAUCCGGCAAUGCAACUCGCCCUAUGGGCCUGCGCGCCGUGUCUGCCAUCGGGAAUAAACUGCCCGGAUUCCCUAUUCUCGGUAUUGGAGGCAUCGACUCUGCUGACUCAGCGCUGCAGUUCAUGCUAUGCGGGGCGCCUGUUGUACAGAUCUGCAGCGCAGUCCAGAACCAAGACUUCACCGUGGUAGAAGACUACAUUACAGGCCUGAAAGCACUGCUGUAUUUGCGCUCCAAGGGGCUCCCGGGCUGGACCGGCCAGUCGCCGCCUACCUUCAAACACCAAAAGGGGAAACCUGUUCAGACCUUGUAUGAUGAGAAUGGGAAGGUUCUAGCUCAUUUCGGCCCCUACAACAAGAAACGCGAAGACCAGCUGCACAAAAUCCGGCUAAAGUCAGACUUAUUAGCCGACAACAAGGUCGACAGUUACCUGGCGAACGGCGCUUCCAACGGCCACAGCCCAGUGCCCAGUAUACGGGACGUGGUGGGCGAAGCGCUCCCCAGGAUCGGGACUUAUAAACAGCUGGAUAACACGAAGCAGGUCGUCGCGCUGAUAGAUGAUGAUAUGUGCAUAAACUGCGGAAAAUGCUACAUGGCAUGCGCAGAUUCCGGAUAUCAAGCAAUUGAAUUUGACCCGGAGACCCACAUCCCGCACGUGACGGACGACUGCACUGGAUGCACGCUGUGUUUGUCCGUGUGCCCGAUAAUCGACUGCAUAUCGAUGGUGCCAAAGACAAUUCCACACGUUAUCAAGAGAGGUCUCCACAAACAAGUGCAUCCGGUACAUCCUUUGGACGGGGUGUGUCAAUAAGUAACAAAGUUAUUAAAUACAUGUUGUAAUACUAAUACUUAUGAAAAAAUAUAGAAAUAUUGUAUAAUCA